UUAUAAUUUCGGCAAUUUUCAUUUUUCAGAAGCAAAGAAAUAAUGGAGGCGGCACCCCAAUCGGCAGUCAUGUGGUACUUGGCCCGCGAAAAUUCUGUUCGGAUUUCUCCGAUUGCGCCGUUCUAUAAAGCUUUAAUCCAUUUCUUUGUUCUGCUCUGAAUACAUCCCUUCAAUGGCUGACUCUAGCUUGCCUUCUCCAAGAAGAGACUCAAUCAAGUCUUCGGAGAAUGCGUCUGUAUUCUGUUCUCAGUUGGGAAUGUUGCGGCUCAUCGAAGAAGACAGCAUGCGGUUUCAGUGGGAAAGGAAAGAAGAGACUUGUUGGUGCGCGCGAAGCGCUUCUGCAGAAUUGGGAUUGGCGAUGACACUGUCGUCGACAGUGAAAUGAUAAUGGACGAAGAGUUGUCAAUGUUGGAAGUUCAAACUUGUUCAGCAGUGGACGAGCUAAAAUCCGCAGUUGCAUACCAACUUGAAAUGGGCACCGAGAUGAGAAAUCAUUCCUGAUCAUUGCUGGAAGCACAGAUAUAGGAGGAAUGCACUAAAUUGUGAAACGCAUAUCAAGUUUGUCUUAAAAUUAUUAAAUUUCUUAAGAGAGCAAUGGUAAUCACAAGAAAAUCGAUUUAGACCAUAUUUACAUCCAUAUGCUAUUCAUUUGUCUUCAUGAAGUAGUACAUCAUUUGUCAAUAGGUUUUCUCCGCCAAAACCAAAUAUUUUUCCAUAAUGAGCUGUCAAAGAUUUGGACAAUAAAAUAUUGGUUUUGAAAAAUGAUUGAUGUGUUUUAAAAUGGACAGACUUGGGCAUUGUUUUCUGCCCUUUUGUUUUAGGUGAAGGGGACAUGGUUUGACCCCAUGGUGAACAGUAAUGCAGGGAAAAGGUGCAAUGCAGAGGAGAAUUCAUGCCCUUCGAGAACUAAGACGCUUGUUAUCGCGAUCAGAAUAUCCUCCAGUUGAAGCUGCUCUUAAAGCAGGAGCAGUAUCUCUGUUGGUGCAGUGUCUUUCAUUUGGUUCUCCUGAUGAACAGUUGCUUGAGGCAGCUUGGUGCUUAACGAACAUUGGAGCUGGGAAGCCUGAAGAGACCAAAUCUUUGUUGCCAGCGUUGCCGUUGCUUAUUGCUCAUCUUGGAGAAAAGAGUUCUCUGCUUGUUGCGGAGCAAUGUGCAUGGGCGUUGGGAAAUGUUGCUGGUGAAGAAAAGGAGUUGAGGAAUAUUCUGCUUUCGCAAGGUGCUGUACUACCUCUUGCCAGAAUGCUGCUACCAAACAAAGGUUCAUCCGUUAAAACAGCUGCUUGGGCACUAUCCAACUUAAUUAAGGGACCAGAUUCAAGGGCUGCUACAGAACUAAUUAGAAUUGAUGGGGUGUUGGAUGCCAUUAUUAGACACUUAAGAAAAGCGGAUGAUGAGUUGGCAACUGAAGUUGCCUGGGUAGUUGUGUAUCUCUCAGCACUCUCAGAUGUUGCUAUCAGUAUAUUGGUGAAGAGUGAUGUUCUCCAACUACUUGUGGAAAGAUUAUCAACAUCAAAUAGUUUGCAAUUACUUAUUCCGGUGCUUCGAAGUUUAGGGAACCUUGUGGCUGUGGAUUCACGUACAAUUUCUGCUAUUCUCAUCCCUGGAAGUGAAACUACAGGUAGUGUUUUAGAAGUCCUGAUAAAAUGCUUAAAAACCGAACACCGAGUUUUAAAGAAGGAAGCAUCUUGGAUGCUGUCUAACAUUGCUGCGGGCUCCAUGGAGCACAAGCAAUUGAUAUACACUAGUGAUGCGAUGCCCUUAUUGAUACGGCUUCUUUCAUGGGCACCAUUUGAUGUACGGAAGGAAGUAGCAUAUGUAUUAGGAAAUCUUUGUGUUGUGCCUGAUGAAAGUGAAGGAAAAGCAAAACUGCUAGUUGAAAACUUGGUCUCACUUGUUGGCAGAGGAUGCCUUCAGGGUUUCAUUGACUUGGUAAGAUCUGCCGAUACAGAGGCUGCAAGGCUAGGAUUUCAAUUCAUCGAGAUGGUUAGUAUAUCUGAUUGUUCGUAUACAGUGUUUAAUUUGGCAUUCUUCUCAUUUGUUAUUUUUCCAUGCGUGGGGUUUUUUUGGGUUAGAAAGCAUCUUCUUCUUUCUCCACUUAUUGAAUCCUUAAGUCACCUCAUUCUCCACGUUGACCGACUACGUAGGAGCUGAGGGAAGAAAAAAGGGAAGCAAUUGGAGGCCUCCCAUGGCUUGUCUUGGAUUAAUAGAUUAUACAGCUAAAAAAUUUAAUAUUCUUAAGCUUUUCUAUCAUUUGCCUCCCUUCAAUUUCUUGAAUUGAAAGUUUAUACGAAUAUAAGCCCUUACAAGCACACUACUUAUGUGUUGCUUCCCCCUCCCCUAACCAAAAUAACACAUUCAUAUCUUAUUACUGACUUUUUGGGAGAAGCCACGAUCCCUUCUAUACAUAUUUCUUAUUGUUCUCUGAAGACCCAGUGAGUUGGUGAUGCCCUCCGAUAAUGGUCAAGAGGACUUCCAGAACAAACUUUGUUCUACAUCUACUUCAUAUGAUCAUGCAUUUUUUUUGUUCUUUGGCCAAAGGUAUUAAGAGGUAUGCCAAAUGGGGAGGGCCCAAGGCUGGUUGAGCAGGAAGACGGCAUCGAAGCAAUGGAAAGAUUUCAGUUUCAUGAGAAUGAAGACUUGAGAAAUAUGGCAAACUGUCUGAUCGAUAAGUACUUCGGCGA